GUUUUCAUGCCGAUAGUAUCAUUUUAUUUCAGCGUGUUUAUCCGCCACACCUUGAAGGCCGGUCCGUGAAAAUAUCGUUUUACAUCAAACCGGUCCGUGGCGCAAAAAAGGUUGGGGACCUCUGCUUUACGGCAUUCACCUAAGCCUGGAUCCAUUUCUGGAACUAAAUGAAUAUGACGACUACUUCAAUUUGUCCAGCAGCUGGCGAAUGUCCUCUUGGCCACGGUAAAUUCUCUUCAGUCCUCUUGGAAGAUAACGGCAGGAUGAAAUGUUGAGGUAGCUAAGAGCACUCAUUUGGCCGAUGACUGGCCUGCAAAAAUAAAGAACAGAGAUCGUUAUUUUUUCCUUGAGAAAUCCUUCACAAAGAUAAUGACAAUGCUAAACCUUCAGUUCUCAGGAUUUACAAACGUCAAUGCUUGAUUUCUAUUCAUACUGCAGAUUGUCUCUUAAAGUGCUGUUUCAUAGUUUAUUUGGACUGGGAGAGUUAAGAGGGGAAACUAUACAUGACGUACCUGAGGGCAGGUGGUGUGAUCCUGGUGCCACUCAGGUUUAGUGAGUGCAGGGUAUCUGCCUCUGUGGCGUGGGCAAGGUGACUCAUCGCCAUCUCCAAGUCCUCCCCGGAGAAGAGCUGGUUUGCGAUGUCAAGCUGUUGCAGUGUUCGACUCCAUUUCUGGGUCACCAUGUGAAGCCCCUUCUUAGGUGAUGGCAACGCAACAUUGCUGCUGAAAUACUGUCCCCAGAACAGACACUCAAGCCCUGCCAAACAGCAAACAAAUAAAGAAGGUAGUAUCGAUUCAUAAAUGGGUUUUUGAUACAACUUUUUUUUUUUUUUUUAACAAGAGCUGAAAUGUAUAAAGUAUAAAGAAGAGCAGAGCAAAAGUACUUAUUUCUACACCCAAAAUUAAAAUAUGAAAAGACCACACUAAGUUUUUGAGUAUGAGCCCAAAAUUAGGUCCCAUUAUAAAUCAUACUUAAGUAACUUAACGUCUCCGAAUUGACAAAAGUGAGAGUAUAGAUUGCACGAGUUAGGCCUACCAAGACAGGGUAGUGUUGUGAGACCGGAGGGUGUGAUUCGAGAACAGCCUCGCAGGUCCAACACCCGCAGCCUGGUGGAGCCAAAGAGGAUGUCCAACAAGUCUUUGUCUGUCAUGUAGGAAAAAGAGGUGGUUGCGAUACACAGCUCCUCCAGCAACGGGAAGCCUAGUGUUGAGUCGGCGCCAUUACGCAUCGUCUUAUGUAGAGGUCUGACAUUCAGCAUCCGGAAGGUCUGAUGGGAAGUUAGAACAGGUAAACAUGGUCCACACAAACAGUAAACUGAUUCAUUCACUGACACGUGAAAUGGAACGUGCUAAAUGUAUCACUAGACAGAAAUUAAAGCUGCAAUUAACAAUUAUUCGUAUCUGCCGGUAUUGAAAACUUGGUAUCAGCUAAAGUUUGGGAUUUGUGCUUUAAAAAUGACUGGAACGAUUAAUCAGAUAUCAAAAUAACUGCUGAUUAAUUUUUAAGUUAAUUGUUUCAGCUAUAAAAGCAUUUUCCUUCAUAUGUAUACAAGAGCUGCAAAAUGUACUAUUUAUAAUGGUCACUUUAUUACCAUCGCAACUCAGAGUCACAUUUAAGUAUAGUCACAAUGAUCAUAUUGAUCCCAUUGGUGUAGGAAACUGAAAAAUGAGAUGAUUUGUUUACCUUGAGUUUAGGGCAGGCCAUCUGUAGUGCCUGGAUGCAAACGGGAAGUUCACAAUCUUUACUGUCGAGCUUAGUGUUGACCUCCAGCAACUCCAAAUCAGGACAGUUCCCCCUCUGAAAAGACAAAUACCAUAUAAUGAGUGUACAAUGUUUAUUUGUCCCCCGUAGCUCGGGCUAUGUGUGAUACAUACAUAUAAAAGCAUAAAGUUAGGAGAGAAAAGGGAUGUGGAGCUUACGGUGAUUGCAGUUAGAAGUCUGUCGUUCUUUAGUCCAUGAGUGAACAACAUUUGCUUGAUCUGGCUCCCAUGAUUUUCGAGGUACUCCAGGAGUCCCUCAACCUGAAACUACAACAAAAACUAAUUUUCUACAAAUUAUCAAUUCAAUAUGUACCCAAACAGGUGGUGAAUGAACACCUGCUGGGAAUUGCUGACUGUGACUGGUGUAUCAAAUUGAACAAUAACUAUUCCAUUUAUAACCAUUCCUGUACUGUAACUGUUGGAUCAUGUAUUGUCCUGCGUAGACAGGGCGCCCAUACAAAAGAGGAUGAACUGCUCUCAUGGGACCUGCCUCGGAGACGUGGACUGUAGUCAUCGACAAACGAUCAGCAGCCGGUCCAAACUGGACAGUUUUCAUACUCCUGUUUUUUUUACACAUUUACAUAUCAAUAUGUAAUACCUGGUCUUUGCUACCUUGAAACUAAAACAACUACUGAGCUGGUACUUGAUGUACCUCUGAAUAUUGGAGAUUCAUGCUUUGCAGAGACCGGCUGUGUAGAGCCAGUGUGUGGAAGGCUGCUGCUGUCAGGCCGGUACAGUAGGAGAGCUUGAGGGAGCGAAGGUGAGGGCAGAACUGCGCCACAACCUAAAUGUGAUCACAACAUAAGCAGAAAAAAACAUAUGGAAAAAAAAAAAUACAAACGUGUUAAAAAAACGGCAACAUAUAAUUUAUCAGGCAAUAUUUUGUACAUAUAUAUAAAUAUAAACCUUUAGACUCUUAACUUCAACAUUGACCCAUUUCUUAUCGAAUGUAGAAUCUCUUAUUUCAGAACAAAGUUCAUUAAAUCGAUCAUAUUAGGACUCAAUUAACAAUUACUUUCAUGAUUGAUUCAUCAACAGAUUAUAUAUUAUUGUUAUUUUCUUGAUUCAUUGUCUUGUAUUUAAAAUGUCAGAUAUAACUUCCCUGAGGCCAAGGUGUUGUAUUAAAAUUGUCAAACAAGAAAAAUAUUCUUUGGCUUUGUUGUCGUGUAUGACAAAGAACAAAAUCAAAUCCUCACAUUUGAGAAGAUGGAAGCAGCAAGUACUUUUGGAUAAAAUCGAACAGAAACAUGAUAGUCAAAAUAGCCAUUCUUUUCAGAAGCUUAUGAAAUAGUAGAUUGAAAAGGACAGAUAUUUAGUUUUGACGGCUUACCUCUACUGCAUAGGUAGUAACAUUCUUUGACCAGUGACAGAGAGAGAAGUCUCGUAGCUGAGAGAACCUAGAGAGCAAGAAGUGCACUUUAUACUUUCCUUUUCAAGAUAUCAAAAAUAUAAGAUGGGUAGACCCGCACACACUACAUCGCGGCUCACAUCAAACUAACAAUACAGACCUGUUCUGUGCCAGCCAGUUAAAAGUGUCCUUAAUCUUCUUCUCAGUUUUAGGUAGCUGAGAUUUCGCUGGAGCAAUCCAGCAGUGACCUACAGUCACUUUACGCCACAGGACCGGGCUGGAGGCAGCAGCGUUCCACAGACGGCAAACUCUCCCCGCCCUACACCACAAACACAGAGGAAACUACAACUACCAUGUAUGCCUCUGCCAACCAGUCAAGUUGCAGUUUUACAUCCACGAGUGUCCAAAUUGUCAUCACUGUAUCCUAUUUGUGUGAAAUUGAAUUAUUGCCAAAAACGUUUUUUUGAGAGGACACAGUGACCUUUGGCCACCAAAUUCUAAUCAGUUCCUCCUUGAGUUCAGGGGCACGUUUGUGCCAGAUUUGAAGGAAAUUCCCUCCAGGCGUCCCUAAGACAAGCGGACGGACGUACAGACUUAAGGAAGUUUGGACGAACAACCCAAAAAACAUAAUGGCUCUGCCCGCAGGGGCAUGACAAGUGAUAUACUGCAGCUGGAAGAUACUGUUGAAAACUACAUAAUGAUACUUAUAAAAUAACAUUAAUAACUAUAAUGAAAUCUGAAUGUUUGCUGGUUCUCCUGGUCUUCUAUUUUAUUAAACUGAACACAUUUGGGCGUGGACUGAUGGUUAGAGAAGUUUAAGGUGUCACAUUGGGCUCUUUUUUAAACUAUGUUCUGACAUUUUAUGGACCAAAUGAUUAAUGAAUAAAACAAUGAGCAGUUUAAACAACUAUGACAACAACAAUGAUCUGCAGUUCUAAUCAUGAUCUUGUUUAUGUAGACAGAAUCAGACAUGAAAUAAUGAAAUAGAUGUUCAAUGCAAUGAAAUGUGUUACGCAUUAAAAUCUCUUCCCAUGUAUUUUAGGCUAUAGUUUAAAUACUAUUUUGGAAUCAUUCAUUUGUACAUAAUUUUGUAAAGCUUUAUAACACGCUAUGAUCAUCAAAAUAUAAAGUCGACAGACGAUAUCAUUAAAAAGAAGGAUCUACCAUUCUCAUGCCCUGUAUCUUAAUCAGGUCACAAUCUAAAGCUUGUAUUUGUUAGUAUUCAGUAAUCAUCAGAUCAAAUAUGUGUUUAUUACCUGCAGAGAAAUGGUACAGCACCAUCUUGGACGACCACCAUCUGAAAAAUACUGAUUAGCACCUCCUCAGGAAGACUUUGACCCCAUCUGUGGUCUGUUGCUUUCUGUGGCACAAACAAGUCACUCUCCUUUUCCUUGGGAACUGGCAUAUUUGCCGGUUUAGCCAUAGCAUGGACUGUCUUCCUCUUCUUCUUCUUCUUCUUAAUCUGUUUAGCUUUCACUUUUCCUUUAGUGAGCUUCUUCUUUUUGCUUCCCUUCUUUGGGAGGGUCCAGGCUGGACCAUCGUACUGAGAAGUAGAACUCGAUAUGACAAGAAGCAUGUCUUCCCCUUGAUGGACAGUGUAGCCAGGCUGGGCAGGCCUGGAGACUCUGGCCUUUUUAUGCUUCUUGGCUUUUGCAUCUGUAGGCUUACCAUUGGUCCUCUUCAACGACGCCUUCUUUGGCUUUGUUGGUCCAGCUUGUCCUUGGCCUGAGGUAUUUGAUGUGCUUGGCGCGGUGUCUUCUCUUCUCUCACUGUGGGUUGAAGCCUCUGCUUCUGUGGAGUCCAUCAUGUGCUGCUAAUUAAGUCUUUAUCCAGAGCUUCAUUCAAAGAAAAUCUGACAUUGACGGACAGGUGACAUAUCGGCAUCUGAAAAUAGAAUAAGAAUGAGAUCAGUCUGUAUCUCCAAGAAUGUUAUCUAGCAUAUUUCCAUAUUUUGCAGGCAAAAAAAGGAAUUUCUGGUUUACUUUUUUGAGGUAUUUAUUUAAACUAAGUUUUUUCUAUUUUAUGUUAUUUCAUGGUUCUGAUCUUAUUGCAUUACUUUGCGUUAGUGAAACUAUAAAAGUGCAAAUAUAAUGAUACACAGUGGGGAGUGUUGUUCAAUCUACCCAUAUGUAUGGUGUGUAACCCUGUGCUGACCAUUUGUAGUCUAGGAUACGGUAGGACUCCGUGGUUAAUGUUUUUGUUGUCUACCAACGUUCAGCGUAUUAAAAACGAUUUUGAUAAUGGAAGACGAAGACAAGUUUACGUCUUCUACACACUGACUUCAUCGUUUUCUGAUGUGUUUUCUGUUUCAAACCUGCGUGCGCAUCCCCGAUUGUUUGUAAACGGAAGACCAAACAGUCACAUCCAUUCAAGAUGUAGCUAGUUAAUAACACAUGAUAAUACAACGUUUUCUGAGGCGUUAAAUACAAACUAAACAUAUACACAUCAUAGCAUGAAUGUCUGGCAACCCGGAUGUGUUAACUAGCAGUUAGCUAAAGGAAUCAAAUAGGUUGUUAAUGUCAACUAAGCUAACGAUACUGGUACAAUUACCGCUGGCUAGUUAGUUACCGAGUCGCCAUGCAGCUUAACGAAACGUAGCACAACAAUGGCAUAGCAGCUGUUGCCACUUCAACAACAAACACAAUUAAAAGUAUAUUUUCUGAAAAUAAAAAUAGUAUUCUGUUGUUAUUUUUGCAUUACCUGCUGCUAGGCGGCUUGCAGCCUCCAAGUCUCAGUAGUAGACCCACAAUGCAUUUCACAUCCCCUCUGUGAUUGGUGGAAAUCUCGACAACAGCCCACCUUCUAUAAAACUAUCCAAUCACUGACCGGCUCACUGUUCCGUAUUGACUUCACCACGCUGUGUUGACCAGAUCAGGAACGAAGAUGAGUUUCACGACGGUGUAGUCUCUGGGUAAGAACUUACGAUUUUAAAUGCCACUUUUACUGCUCGUACAUUUGAAAUAAUUUGCAAAUGCUACAGCAUGCAACACUGUGCUUCUGCUCUGGUAUUAUUCACGGAGUAUUGUAGUUUAGUACGCUGUAUAUCAUACAGGCAAAGUUGGUACUAACACUAGCAAGUUGCUUACAAAAAAGGCUAACAUUAGCAUGCAGAGGUAACUAAUGCAACAUUAGCACUGAUCUGCAGAUGUAGCCUCAAUGCUUGUAUUCUGUAACGUUCUGAAUAUUGUUAGCGCCAGUAAACCACACCGAUUGUAUUGGGCUGUUGUUUAAAUCUGCCUUUUAUGGGAAAGAAAUAAAAGUAUUAUUCUCGCACGAGUACAGCUAAUAACGAAUAUCCAGGGGUUGUGGGAGGCACAACUUAACCCACAUGUACGCAGAAUAAGCCACAUGUACACUCAUUUCCAGUGUAUACCUUUCAAUAAACAAUGCAGUCUAAUACAACGGCCCUGCAGUAAACCCUCAUGACGGUUAUAGUGCUUAUAGGAGUUAUGAUGAAACUCUUUGGGACAGGUGUCGAUUAAACAUGCUGUUGAUUUCGGAAGCUGUAGUUCACGGUGCUGUUGAACUGUGGUCUGUUACGAUGAGAGGCGUUAGUUAGUACUUUGACCCUCCUCUGUAUAUCAAUGAAGGUAGACCAAAUUUAAUUUACACCUCCCACUACAACACAAUACCGUUCAACAGCACCACCUCAACUACUAACCUCUUUAAAUACAAUUUAGCAACAUUGAUGUUAACUGGAAUGACGAAACACAUUCACAAUUUAUUUUCUUUUUCAGGGAAGGAGAAUAGUUGCUUCACUGUGGUGUCAUUGUGCACACUGAUGCUGAGGGGAGGCAUUUUUUCUGAAGGGUUUUAUCAACAGGACAACACUGAAAGUAUGACUCUUGAUCCUGUUCUCUUUCAUCUCUUUGCCAUUCAGCAGCUCACACACUAUAUGAAACACUGACUGAAAAACACAAGUAAUCGUUACUUGCUUGUUACUUGUUGCUAGUGCUGGGACGCACUUGUGCUUAACAGCAUUAUUGUCCUCCUACUGUUGGUAUUGGUUUCCAGAUUUGUUUAUUUUCUCUGCUUUUUGAGGUUGAAUGAGAGUGAAUGGACCUAAAGCUGUGACAAACGUAAUGAAAAACGACCUAUCUUUAACUGUAAUACAUGGGAAACAAAGGGAUGGUGGACAUCAAAAACACAAAUCUCAAUUGAACUAUUAAAUUUCACACAUGUAAGUUUCAAUCAGGCUUUAGGUAGAUUACACAUAGAGGACAGUUGUGUUUCUGUACACACACCCCCUUUCUUCUUUAAAUUGUUAUACUUCUGCAUGCUGAUGAGUGCAACUUCUGUCUUUGUGUUUCUCUUUUAAAAUAGCACACAAUGGAGGAGAGACAGGAUUUCUCGCUUUGUGGUAAAGCAGCUGUAACUGAAGCUAAUCUGAGAGACGAGUACUAUUGGAAGCUUGUUGCAGACUUCAUUGGUCCUCAAUCGGGAGAAGGACUCGAGCUGGAAAAGGCGCCAUGCAAGAACAGACUUUUGAUUCAAGUAGGACUUAUGAGAGAGGACAAUAAUUUUCCGUGGAUGGCCAUUGUAUAUUGGCUCACGAAAAUCUUCCCCAGUCAUCAAUCGGCUGACUUUCGUCGUUUGAUUGAAAGAGGCAUCGCAACGACGUUGAGUCUGGGAAGUGAUGCGAGGCUGACCUUUCUGGGAUCAGACGCCAACUUUAACUUUGUCGGCCCGAUAUGUGACAGCAUAGGAGUUGAACGGCAACAUCUUUUGGAAAUUAGGGAUUUUUCAGAGCGAGCGCAGUCAAUCGAAGUCACAAAUGGAUUGAUUUUCGAGUUGAGCAACUUUGUUACCAGGGAGAAACUCGCACCAGUUGUUUUAGUCACUUGGCUUAGAAACUUCAACUCUGACUUCUGUAAGAAUGGGGAUAUUCAAAAGGCAUAUAAAGUCCUAAGGGCCAAGAUAAAAAAGUUAAAACUGCAUUACCGCAAUUAUGAGACAAGGAGUCACAGGAGGAACACGGCGAUGGAAAAUCUGCUUCAGAGCCCAUUUGAACUUGUGCGGAAAAGGGCAACACGAUAUAUUGUGAAGAAACGUAUGAAAAGAGAGGACGUCAUACAAUAUGAAAAAGUUACAAUUAAGGAGGAAUACGAGAGCUAUGAGAUCAUGCAAGACGAAGAGUCCGAGAUGAACAGAGAAGGUGUGAGGAAAAUGACACUGCAAGAUGAUGUCUCUGCGUGCGAUGAAAGCGAUGAGGACUUUGAUGAAUCCAGCAGUGGAGAAGACACCUCGGAUGAAACACAAGAGUCGCUGAACCUGCUCGACAUUGCCAUGGUGUCUGUCCAAAAGCUGUCAAGUAUGUAUGGUGAGAAGAAUGAAGCGUGCAGGCAAGUUUGCUUGGAUCUCCUCAAAAAUCAGUAUGCUCUGACAUGCAAGGAGCAUCCGGCCAUGGCCGAGUUUGAGAAAAAACUGGACGCGCUCUGUGGGGACAUGUCACUCGUUUACCCUGUGGUGUUUUUAAACUACAACGCCAAUUUCCUCGUCAAAAUGCACGACGCCGUGGAGGAGCAGAUCAUGGGCUUUGAAAAAGAGAUCAUUCUGUCGACGGGAGAGAAACUCGGCCGCGACAAGCUUCCGAAAUUCAAGAACUUUGUGAAUUUGUCCGAAAGUGCCACUUCGCGCUACAUCCACAUGGCUUGUGAUGUCUUGAGCACCAGCAUCCCCGGCACGCAGAACUACAGGAAACACUGGGUAGCCUUCUGUGAGGAGAAGAAAAACCCCUCCAGACUGGCAGUAAAUCAGUCAAACCGAUUCACAAACUACUUCCAAGCUGCGGCGGGUCUCAUCCACCAUCACAGAGAGAUGGCUCUCUUCUUCUCCGAUUUGCUGUCGAUGUUUAACGACGAGUGCCCGAAUAUUAUUUUGGAGUGUGUUGCUGCUGAUGCCAACGACUGUAUGAUACAAAGCCUUGUGUGUGUUCUGGCCAUCGUUUACUGCAAAAUCCUCGGCCCUUACUGGCAGCUCCUGAAAAGCGGAGGCGAGUACUCGCUCUACAGCCAGUACAUGCUCUGUCUCUAUCAAAAAUUCCUCGAUUGGUCCAAAGAUCCUUCAACACUGCUGGAACCUGAAGGGACCACGAAUGUUUUUCUGCAGUUCCCGUUGCAGGAGAAAACCUUUGAUGGAGUGUUUCAUUUCUGUGGCCAGUGGCACACGAACAGGGACUUAAUCCGAUCUUGCUUGAAGAGGUUGGUAAAGGUGAUUGCUGCCAUCACUGAGGAACACCUCAAGGAUUUCCUGCCAGGAGGAACAUUUUCUAAAGUCCCAUCACCAGAUCUGAGUCUACAAAUGGUGAGUUGCACAUUCUCCGUCUUGAUGGCGGAGUAUCCCUCCAACCAGACGUACCCUUGCAAGAAGGAAAACAAACCAAGCGCCCCAAAGUCCUCCAAGCGCUCCCCGCGCAAGAGCUUGGAAAGUUCUCAGGGAGAUGAUGGCCGAUCUGGUUCAUCUGAUGGCAGCUCCGAUGAAGCUUCCGGUCGGUGGAAGAAAAAUAAUACCCAAAUUGGCCAGAAAGACGCUCUCAGUCCGCAGAUGAAGAAAGGUCCAAGUGUUAAAAAAGAAAAGGCACCAAAGGUACCCGAAGUGCGCGAGGAGAACAUGGAUAGGGACUACAUAAUAGCCACGGUGAGCAGAAACGGGGGGCCGUGCAAGUCACAACCAGAUGUGGACAAAAUGAUGCUGCGCUUUGAUGGGAAACCCCGAGCUGAAAAGCGGGAAGCAGUCCGUUGUGAGAUCUUGUACCAGAAGAUGGUUCUGAACAACACGGACCGGAACUUGUAUGGCGUCUUCAACAACUCCACACAAAUGGGGAUGAAGCUGAAGCUCUCACUUCCCCGAGUCAAACCUGGGUACUCUCUCGUUUGGGCGCCUAGAAGGACGAAAAUAAAGCGUGUGCUCCAAGACGCGCCCGAUGCUGCAGCUGGUUUGAGUGAAAACAGCGGCACAUGAGGGCUUUCAUUG